AUGGACCAAGACAAUAUUCCUAAUAUUCCACCAUUGCAGACCGUUGUCCAGCCAGUACAACAACAAGAUACUCGGCAAUACUCUACCAUAGCGUGUUUAUUAUGCAGGAAGGCUCACCGAAAAUGUGAUCGCCUCUACCCAGUCUGCAGUGAAUGCAAUUGCAGAGGACUGGCAGACAAAUGCUCUUAUCAACAACCAAAGAAGAGAGGACCAAAGAAUACAACCACAUCUUCGGGAUCAUCUCCACCUCCAUUGGAUGGUCAACUCCAACAUCAGCAACCAGUUAAUGGUAUGAACGUCGUUUCAACGAAUUUGAAUGUGAUCUCUCCUCAUCAACAUGCACCUUCUUCCCAAAGAUCCUCUCCAAACCGAUCUUCUUCAAUACCUUUUUCUUCCUCUAGCGUACAUCAACCUUCAAGUGGAUCAUCUACAUUUGCACCAUCACCAGUUUCAUCUCGAAAAACUUCUCCCUCUCAAACAUAUCCAUCAUCAACACUAAAUUCUCAAGAAAAUUCUUCGACUUAUUAUCAACAACAAAAACCACCCAUGUAUAACCAAACACAGCCUUCAUACAUCAAUUACAUGCAACCCAACAAUCCUUCUUACCAAUAUCAACAAGAUUCUUCAAGAAAGCAAAAUGGGCAAAUUCCUUCUUCUUACACAGAUCAAUCAAAGUUGGGUCAACAUAGAUAUCACCCAUAUGCGUCAUCAACCACAAUUGCACAAACAACUAGGACAAAUACGGAAAGAGAAAUUUCUCCUCGUGAAAUUUCUGUUGCCAUAUCGCAACUGAAGGCUUUGACAAGUGUGGAAAGUUUUGAUAUUGAUGUGCAUUAUUCCUAUGUACUAGAUUUAUACUUUUAUAGGUUUAUUUUAGCAUAUCCUCUGAUCAAGAGGGAAGAUGUUGAAGAGGUUGUUAUUCGAAGAUUAUUAAGGAAAAAUUAUGCUCCUAAAAUUGAAGAAAAAGAUGACUAUUUUUUGUGUACUUUCUACGCUAUUUGUAUGUCUUUAUUUCAACGACUUGGAAAGAGAGACAUCGCUCAUCAUUUCUAUCUACAGGCGAAUAGAUCGGUUUCUUCUCUAAUGCUUUAUGAAGAGGAUGAUACAAAUGAGAAUUCAAAUAAGGUUGGACUGAACUUCGAAUUAUGUUUAAAUAUUGCAUUAAUAUGUAUUUAUCUCAUUGGAAAUGGAGAUCUUAAAAAAGCAUCCAUUUAUUAUAAUAUUGGAAUGGGAUUCAUUCAACAGGUGAAUCUAUUUGGAGAAAUGCAUCGAGGCUUUCUGAUUGCAUAUUAUGGCCUUUGUGAACUAAUGCUCUUCAGUGGAGUUAAAGAUCAGAUCAAAUGUUUUGCUAUCAUCGUGAACAAACACUUGAAAGGCACUUUAAAUUUCAUUCAGAGCGCUCAAUUCCAAACUUUGGAAUCGUGUUUGCAAGUGCUUCAUCUCCUGCAGGAAAAGCAACAGAACUUGAUGGUCCCUUCGAAUUUUGACUUUCCAGACGAGUACUCUCAAACAUUAGAAGGUAGAUUUGAGCUGAUUACCUCUCAUUUCAACUUUGUGAGAGCUGGAUUAGAGAUUAAGGCAUAUUUGUAUUUUGGACAAACAUCGACACAUGUGAACGAACGGCUUAAACAAUUAGCUGAUUAUAUUUUGUCAUUAACUUCCAUGACAGUAUUUGAGGACCUUUCUGUUUUAGUGGUUGAAGCCGUAGUAAUGGCAUGUCGAGUGAUUCUUGAACGUACUGAAACUAUUUAUGAUUAUCAAAGCAUAAGGAUGUGUUAUGUUGCAUUGUGUAGUCUUGACCGCAGAUUUGCGAUCGUUCGAAAGAUUUAUGGAGAUGUGUUUCUUGCCAUCGAGGGCCGUAUUCAUCAGUACGACCAAAACAAUAAUGGCCAUGUCGCCAAUAAUUUUGCACCAAUUACAGACAGCGUGACAAUGAGCAAGUCCAUGACAAACAAUUCAAUCACAGUACAUUCAAACAACUCGUCCAAUAUCGCUUCCAAUAUCAACAACGCAAACAACUCCUCUCAAAGAUGA